GGAGCGGGGAGGACAAGGGCCGGGCCUGGGAGCCUGGGCAGGGGGUACCCGUGGCCCCACGCAGGUACUGGGGCCGGGUGCCGGGCGGGAGGAGCGGGCGGGCCCGUCCCGGGGCGCUGCUGACCCGCAGCCCCGAAGGCGCCCGGCGGCGGCAGGAGCCGCGCUGCAGCCCCGCGGGCCCCGGGCCCGGUGUCCGGCCGGCGGGCAGAGCCGCGGCGAUGGAGCCCCCGCAUCCGGCCGGCCUCUGCUUGCCCGCCGCGAGCAGAGCCCCGCGGCCCGGCGGCUCCAGCAUCUCGCUGUGGACGGUGGUGGCGGCCGUGCAGGCAGUGGAGCGGAGCGUGGACGCCCACGCCGCGCGGCUGCUCAGCUUGGAGCGCCGGACGGUGACCACCGAGAAGAAGUACUUCGACUGCGAGAAAACGGUGGUGGAGUUCGGGAGCCAGCUGGAAAGUAAGCUGGCCGUGCUGGGCACCCUCAUCCAGGAGUACAGGCAGCUCCAGCAGCGCCUGGAGAACAUGGAGAACCUCCUGAAGAACAAGAAUUUUAGGAUCCUGCAGCUGCCCCCCGGGGAUGCGGUCCCCAAGGGCCCGGUGGUGUUUGAAAGCACUGCCACUUGCUUCUCUGCACAGGACUGGGAGAACCUGGAGGAAUGGCAGAGGGAGCUGUACAAAAACGUGCUGAGAGGGAAGAACGAAUCCCUGAUCUCUCUGGAUUAUGUAAUCUCCAAACCUGACCUCCUGUCCCAGCUUCAGAGAGGAGAAGUGCCCUGCGAGGGGGACGAGGCAGCUUCACCAGAGAUUCCAGCAGAACCAGAGCCUCUGCUGUUUAAACUUGAGGAGAGCAGGCAGGACAGCAGAGAAGGAGCGCAGGAAAGCCUGAAGGGAGGAACGAUGCUGGAGGAACCUGGAGCUGACCACAGUAUUCCAGAGCUGAGCUUUGUGGGCUCUGUGAAGCAAGAGGAAGAGCAGUGUGCAGAGGAGCAGGGAGCCAUGGAGAAUGCAGAGUUUACAGAGCUCAGUGUGGUUCCAGCAGAUAACAUGGUAACAUUCCAAACAGAGCAGCUGGACUCUGAGGAACACCCCCAAAGCUCAGAGCCCCCUGCAAUAAAGUCGGAGGACCUGCUUUUCCAAGGUCCCAGCAAGGCGAUGCCUCUUGAUAGUCAGUGCAGGUCUCCUGUGCAGCAGGGAAGCCAGAGCGAGAGCAGGCUGGUACCGUCCACUCUGGGGAAAGAGGGUCCUGGCAAAAGCAACGCUGUCACCUUCUAUGGACGUAGCUGUCCCAAGAAGAGACCUCACUCAUGUACAGCGUGUGGGAAGGGCUUUUGUCUGAGGAAGAUGGUGACGACUCACCAGGAGAGCCAUGGCAUGCAGUGCAGAAGUGCACACGCUGGAGAGGAGGGCUUCCUCCGUCAGCAGCGCCAGCGGACCCGUGCAGAAGACAGGACCCAUGUGGCCAAGGAGAGAUUCAAGCAGAACCAGAAUGCAAAAGCCCACACCAGUGUCCCAGCCAUGGACAAGGUGUACAGCAAUCCCAGGCACAUGAAAAGCAUUGACGCCAACGGCAGCUGCAAGCCAAGUCAGAGGGACUGCCCACAGGGGAGGCCUUACAAGUGUGAAAAGUGUCAGGAAUACUUCUCCCAAAAGAAAACUCUCUCAUCGUCCACCGGCGCGUACACUUGGGCCGGAGCGGAAGGAUCUUCUGGUGCUCAUACUGUGGGAAGACCUUCACCCACCCCUCUGAGCUGCUCCAGCAUCAGAGGGUCCACACAGGGGAGAGGCCAUACCAAUGCAACGAGUGCCCAAAGCACCUCAACCAGAAGCAGCACCUCCUCCAGCAUGAGAAGAACCACCUGCGCAAGAGGAACUGUGUGGUCACGCAGAGUGUGUCCCCCACGGCUCCGAGGAGACCCCAGAUCCGCCCCGUCCCUUCGGCGGUGCGGUGCCGCCCGCGCCUCGGGCCCUCCCGCCGGGGGGCGCCGCAGUGCGCGGCGCAGGGCGGCGGCAGGGGGCGCUGCGCGGCGGCCGCGGAGCACGGCGGCGUCGCGCCGGUGUCGCGCCGGCGUCGGGCCGGCGGCAGAGGCCAUGGCCGGUCCCCGUGUCGGGCGAGCGGAGGCGGUGGCGGCGCGGCUGCUCCGCCUGGAGGCCCGCCUGGCGCGGGCGGAGCGGCAGCUGCGGGCCGCGCUGGCCCUGCGCGGCCGGCUGCAGGCGCUGGAACGGCGGCUGGAGAGCGGCGGCGGCGGCGGGGCCAGCCGGGUGCCGGUGAGGCGCGGGGCGGCCGGCGGCGGGCGGGAGGCGGCGCGGCGCGGCGCGCCGCGGCUGCCGCUGAGCCUGGAGGACGUGUGGCUGCAGUUCAGCGAGCGUGAGUGGCGGGCGCUGCGCGGCUGGCAGCGGGCCCUGCACCGCGCCGUCAUGAGGAGCAACUACCACAUGCUGCUGUCCCUCGAGCUGGACGGCGCCGGCCGGGACGCGCAGGCCCAGGCGGAGGACGGGAGCCAGCCAUACGCUCCGGGCAGCGAGGGCGGUGAUGACAGCGCCGAGCCUGCAGAGACCUGCGCCGAAGAUGGCCCAAUCCAUAUUAAGCAAGAGGAGGAGUUGUGCGUUGCAGAUCAGCGGGAGAGGGGAGCUGAAGAAGUUCCUGAAGAGCCCUGCCCGGCCAAGCAAGCGUUUUGUGAGCCUGAAGCUUCAAGUCAGACCAAGAAAGGCAAAGAAGCAUGUGCCAGGGAGCUGCCAGGUGCAGAGGGUGAGGACCUCCCAGGAGGCCCUGAUGCAGGAUUUCAGACUUAUGCAACUGACGUUUUAUCAUGGAUUAAACAAGAGGAGGAGCCACGCUGCCCUGAACGACAAGACUUGGAGAAAGAAGAAGAAAUCUCUACGGAUCCAAGUGCAGUGCACGAUGAAAACACAAAGAGGGACCCUCCAGAAGAUUGCCUUGAGAGCAUGGUGUGUGAUGCAGAGGUACCGAGAAGACCUGGAGAGAAGUUUUCCAAGGAUCCUAGUCCUGGAGUGACAUGGGACAGUCAGUGGAAUUCAGAAAUGAUGGAAACAAACACCACCAGGAAUGGCCUUGGGGGUGACACUCAGUACGACCAAGGGUUUGAUGAGCGCUUAGAUUUCUUUAGCACUCAGGAAAAUAGUGUUGGAAAGAGACCAUGCACGUACAACAAAUGUGAGAGAAACUCCACCCAGCAGGAUCAUCUUCAGACUCCCCAGGGAGCCCGAGAAGGGGAGAUAUUUCCGGGCCAUGCAUGUGAGAAGAAUCUCAACGAAAGGGUGUUCCAUCCACUGCACCCACAGCCGUGUGCUCUGGGUGAGAAAGGAAUCGGGCAGGGGGCCGCUCCUGCCUCCUGCGAGGGGCUGCCUGCAGGGCCGCAGCUGGUGGCCCGUACCGAGUGCGGACAAAACCCUGCGGGUGGCACCAGGCUUCGUGACUACAACAGCCUCAGCGGAGAGGAGCAGCCAUCUGCAGAAAGCGAGGAGAACUUCCCCACAGAAAACGCAUUAGCCAGCCCCUGCUGGGAUCACGGGCAGGACAGGUCGGAGUCCUGCACCCGCUGCAGGCAGCACUUCAUGCCCCGGGGCAGCCCCGCAGGCCAGCAGCAGAGCCAGGGCAGGGGCAAAUCCUACAUCUGCAGUGACUGUGGGAAAAGCUUCAUUUGCCAUUCGUGGCUUGUUAGGCACCAGAUGACUCACACAGGAGAGAGGCCAUACAAGUGCUCUGAGUGUGAUAAAAGCUACAGGAGAAAGGAUUACCUUCUAAACCACCAGCGCCGGCACUCAGGAGAGGGGCUCUUCCAGUGCCCCCUCUGCAGGAAAAGAUUUGUGCUCAGGAGGAGUUUGAUGAAACAUCAGGAAACUCACAUGCAAGAAACACACCUGACAUUGGCCGGUUGGCCCUGCACAGAGAUCAGGGGGUCUGUGAUGCACUCCAUAUAGAAAAUCCCGUCCAGCCGGGGGUUUCGCAGACCCCCUUGGCCAUCAGCCUUGCAGGGCUGUGGCAGGAUCCCCCAGCUCUGUGCUGGACUGUGGCGGGAGGAGGAGGCUGUUGAACGGCCGUCCUGAGCCCCCUCCCAGGCAAAGGGAGAAGGUUGGUGGGGGGGAUAUUUUCCACAGAUCACAUUGAAAUGGUGUGCAGAGCUGUUUCACAGCUUUCACUGGUGCCUGUAGCUGUUUGGGAUGUGUUGGAGCCGUGUAGGAAGUCUGCGAUGCUUGGAGUUACUGCGAGCCGUGAAUCCAUGCCAGAGAGAAAUGACGGUGACACACAGAACAAUUUGUAAUGCUUCUGGCUGGAGACUAGCUGAAAUGUUACCCCUCAGCUACUGAGAGGCCACAGUCCAGGGACAGGGCUGAAAACAAGUGAGUCAGUUACUAAUUGUCCACCAAACAGUGCCAGGAGACACCUACUUGUGUGAAAUGCUUUGAGAAAGGAAGCGUUGAUCCUGUGGCUGUUUGAAAGAAGCCUCUGCAGGAAGUGGCAAUGAGACAGAGGGGAGUAGAGCCUGAGAGGCAGCUUGGUCCCACAGUUAAAUCACAGAGCUCUUAGGGCUCCUUUCUGCUGAACAUUAAGAGAGAGUUCCUGAAGGCUGGAUCCUCACCCUGGCGUUGUAAAAUGACUGGGGAGCCUGGAAUAUGGUUUAAAUUUUGCAUAGCCUUAAAGUUGUGUUGUACUUACUUUGCCACGUUGUUACAGGUCUUCUGUGUUUGUUCAAUUUUCCGAAUCCUGUGAAAACAGAACGUUUAGAUGCUUGUUAAACAUUCUCCUUCAGAAACUUUAUUUUUGCUCCUCUUUAAUAUCUCUUGAAGAGGAGAGUGCUGCUGGCAGUCUGAUGUGUUGUGACAUUGCAAGGGCACAAUUAAUUCCUUUAGUAGUAAGAGUCUGGAUGUACCAUCGGUCACCUUGGUUGUCGGUGGCAUUGAGCCUUGUGGGAAACAAAGCGGCAGCAGUGGCAGUCAGGCAAGAGCCCGGUUUGAUUCAGGGCUCCUACACUGUCAGACAGUUGUGACAAAAUUGUUAAACGGCCUUUUUUAAUG